AUGUCCAUGUCUCUGUUUCUAUUUCUCCUCGUAACGACCAUCGUCGCGGCGACUCGUUGGCCGCUACCUCCUGCCCUUCCAACGCUCGAACUGCGAUAUCCUUCCACCCCGUGGAUCUCACCUGGCGAUACGCUCAAGAGACCAAAAACCCUCCAGCUUCCAUGCAUCGGCACAGAAAACCUCGACAUCACCCGUACCCACCUCCUCCUCUUCAUCGACCUCGAUGUGAUCUGGGGCACGCGCUCAACCACCGUCUUGCACUGGUACCAGCCGGACAUGACAGUGUCCCGGGUCUGUGCGUGCACAGACGAUGGUAUCGACUGGUUGGUCAACGCGACGUCCCCCGGGGCAGAGUAUAUCGCUCCCCAGCCGCCGCCGUUGACCCGUCACCGCUACGUCUACCUGCUCUACGAGCAAGACCCGGAAUAUGUAUUCCCCGAGUGCUUCGGACAUAUAUUCCCUCAGACGAUGGAGGCGAGGGCCGGGUUUGAUAUCCGGCAGUUUGUUCACGCCGCGGGAUUAAGGCCACCAGUCGCUGGCAACUUCUUCUUUGUUGAUAACGAUGAGUCGACGACGAGGACGAUGACAACUACUCCGCCAGGGCGUGAGAUGUCCACGACAACAUGGCUCACGUCUGCCCCGUGCAGGACGGACGAUGUGGAACCCACUCCGUCAGCCUACACCGAACAGUAUGACGGGGUCGAGAACCAGCAGAUUGUGAUAUAA